CAUUCGCCGGUUUGGACAAGUAGUCAAAACAUGUUGUCGGCGUGCGGCCGUGUAUAUGCAAACAUGACCUUCUGUUUUUGCCACAGGAAACAUAUGCUUUUCCUUAUAUGCACAAUUUUGACUUUAGUAACGCAAUCCCUAAGUAUUGGCGAGGUUAUCUGGGCCGUGAACUGUGGGGGAGAAGGCCACACCGAUAUCAAUGGUAUCCGGUACGAAACAGAUUCGCUUAAAGUCGGGAUCUCAUCUGACUAUGGAAAAACAUUGAUGGUUUCACGGGUGGUCGCUCAGGACCAGAUCUUGUACCAGACUGAGCGAUAUCACAUGUCAACGUUUGGUUACGAAAUUCCACUCAGCGGAGACGGUGAAUAUGUCCUUGCCCUCAAAUUCUGUGAAGUUUGGUUCACAUCACCAAAUCAAAAAGUAUUUGAUGUCACAUUGAAUGGAGAACACACUGUUGUGGAUGAACUGGAUAUUUACAGUAAAGUCGGACGGGGAGUGGCACAUGACGAACUUAUAGAAUUCACAAUUAGAUCAGGGAAACUCAAAGUCAACGGCGAAACAUCCAAAAUCAACAGCAAACUAUUAGUAGAAUUUAUGAAGGGAGAUUAUGAUAAUCCGAAAAUUAAUGCAAUAUAUUUAAUGAAGGGAACAAUAGACGGUAG